AUUAUACUGACAAAAUUGAAGUUGAUUAUAUCUGUGCUUUCGAAAGUGUUGUAGCAAGAUUUGAUAAAGAUAAAACUAUUGGAAUUUAUGUGAUAUCUGCAAAGGACGGUUAUACAAAGGGUUCUAUAGAAAGAGCCAAUUCAUCAGAAUGUUAUUUGUUGCUAACGAACAUAUGGGAUUUGGAUCAGGACAUACCCAAGUACUUAUCUAAAAUAUCAAAAGACAAUUCUGUAGAAGAAAAACUUUACAGCAUAGAAAAAAGGAUAAAUGAGAUUAUCGAGACGCUCCAAAGUCAAGAGAAGUUAAUACGCAAGAUAAGAAAUGUUCAAAUCAAAUUAGAAAAUAAUCAAAUUAAACUAGAAAGAA